AGUCAAUUUUAACAGGAAGAAACCUCCAGUAGGAGCCCUGGGCAAUCAUCUGUUCAGGGCGCUCAGGGCAUCGUGGGAACCCCCCAGUAGCCCAGGCCUACUGCGCAUAAGUAAAGGAGGUUUCAGAGUCACCUGAUCCAGCCCUAACUAUAACCUAAUAAAAAUAAAGAGUCAAGUUCUAUUUUAAAAGCAAACAUACUGAAUGUUGACUUGUAGAAUUUUUGUGGUGUUACAUGCUGAAACCUGAACAUCAAAUUAGUAGAUAUUUGAUUCUGGCAGUGUAAGACACCUGGCCUAAACUUUUAAAAGGACAAAUGUGCUGAAUGUGAAUAAACUCUGUAUUUAGAAUGGUUGAAGACUUUCUAGAUGGUUCAGUCCAAAUGGUACACAAACAUCAACAAUGUUCCAAUCCCACUACAAUCUCAGUUGAUUUGUAAUUUGUAAAAUUCCCCAGCAGGCAAAUGUAAUGUGUUAUGCAUAACCCCCACUCUCACUCUCUACAUCUCUCUCCGGGCAUGCAUGCACAAACGCACAGUUAAGUCGAGUCAUAUCUGGUGUCAGUCAGCCACUCCCUAUGAACACUGUCUCAACAUGUUCUGUAAUAAUUAACCAGCUGCUGCGGGGUGCUACACACGCUCACCUCCUGCCACAUGCACCGUACUCUGGACCUCCUACCACAAACACACAUGUACAUUAUACACACAUGAGAGCUCGAACAUGGAGUGAACUUUAUUUGGAGUGAACCUUUAUUCGAUAGAAGACUAAAAGAUACACUAGUCAGCUGGCACGUCCCUCUGCGCAAGAGGAAACCGUCAGUCAGAGGAGUGCCGUGGCUUCUGGUAUGACAGCUGCUGAAUAACUGAGAUAUUACUAACCAGCAAACAGGCUGAGGCAGAGAAAACUGCAGUAGAUGACCAGACAUGAACGAAGCAGCUCUCCUCCCAGUCAUCAAGGCAGGGAAUGGGAGAACACUGUCCAGAGCGAAGUUUCUCUCCCUGUUUAAUACCUACAACUGUUUCCUGAAGGACCAGACUCAACUUCACCUCACUUACGCUCAGGAAGCAGAUGGCACGAUGGUGGUGGAAGGCAUGCUGAAUAUCUGCUGGGGAGUACGGAGACCAAUCAGGCUGAAAAUACAGGAUGACAAACAAAUGUUUCCAUUUGUUCCUAAGACCCCUCCAGAUCCCACCAGUCCAGUCAGCCCACUGGAAAGCAAGAGAGGAAUGUCACGAUGGGGAGAAUAUGUUGACCUUCACCAGAUAGAUGAGAUGGUUGAGACACCACAAGAAACAAUCAAAAACCCUUUAUCAGGACCACCUGUUUAUGAGACCUCGACCCUGCGCCCUCCAAAGCAGAAGAAUCCAGAACAGGAAGCAGAGUCCAACCUGUUCCGUUGUAUGAGUGAUGCCUCGCUGGUUAAAAGAAGGAGGAGCACGGGAAAGUCAGCAGCUCAAAGAGAAAAAGAAAGGCAACAUCGCUUUUCAAUCAAUGGCCAUUUCUACAAUUACAAAGUGGGUUUCUGCUUAAAACUGCCCUCAGGGCUUCUUUUCUUCAUCAUGAGUUUAAGGUCAGUGUUGUUUCACUCUGUUCUACAGACCUCAAUCUUCACUCCGUCCUUUGGUACGCCAACUAAAGUUCGUAUCUCUAGCAGAAUGACCACAAACCAAGUCAUUGAACAGCUGCUGCACAAGUUCAAAAUACAGAACGAUCCCCAGGAAUUUGCUCUCUACUGUCUUCAUCAAAGUGGAGAAAAAAGGAAGCUGAGUAACACAGACCAGCCGUUAUGGGAGCGCAUACUGCAGGGACCCUCUGAUGACAUCAUGAAGAUUUUUUUGAUGGAUGCGGAUGAAGAGGAAGUUAGUGAUGAUGUAGCUCAAUAUCUGAACUUGGAGCUUCCAAUCCUGGAAAACGUUUUACAGAAACUCAAAGACGAGGAGAACAGAGAGAUACAAAGGAUUGAGAACAAGUACAAACACCAAAAGAGAGUCCUGUCCAAUAUGUUAAACUGUAAGAUGUCACGUCCCAUUGAGACCAGUGUCUAACAACUCACCAGAUUUUCUAAAACAAGAUUCAACAUUCAGUACAGCAUCAUUUCCAUGUUCAACGAUGAAAGAUCUACAGAAAUAUGAGGAAUUCUUUUCCCUUGUUUUUUUUUCCUUACAAACUCUUUAAUGUUAUAAUUCUGCAUCUCUGAUACAUGGUAAAGAUGAACAAUUUGGGAUAUGAAGCAUGAAGCUGGUGUAUAUCCCAUACAAAAAUGUAUCAUCCUUCCAGUCUUAUGUGUCUUUUUCUAUUUUAAACUGUAAAAUAAGUUAAAGAUGCAAAUGUAAGAAGUUGCUGCCAGAAAAUGUAAUUCAGUGUGUCCGUGAAUAAAUAUGGGACCAGCAUGGCCACUUCUGUUUGUGCUUUCUGUUUGCUAUGUUUGAGUUGUGUGUGCCACUGGAGCUUUUCAAGGGUUAACUGGACUCUGCUCAAGGUUAAAUUGGAUUCUAUUUUUUAUCAAUGAUCAAUAUAUGUGUAUAUAGACUUUUGAUAAAACUAUAUUGAUUGUUAAAAACCUGCUGAAACCAUAGGUAAAUGAUGACCUUUUCUCUUUUUUCCUGUACUUUGUUAUUUUAUAUGUGGUUGAGUUGGAUGGAUUUCAUUGCUGAUUUCUGGUAUUUAUUUUACUGGUUUGUAAUAAAGUGUUGACUGGCUCAAUGACCACAAUGGAAA